UAAAAAAAGUUCCCUCGACACAUUUUACUGUGGAAGGAAAAACCUGCUUUGAAAUAUGUGUCGAUCGGUAGUUUUUCUAUGCACAUUGGUGUGUGCCAAAUUGUCUCAGGCGAUCUGGAUCAAAGAAAUGGAAAACGUUGACGCAUUUGAAGGAGAUAUGAUAUUGAAUCCACAACAAAGAAAAGCAAUUCAAAAUGGCAACUAUGGCUUCGCAACCACCAAUUCAAAAGAAUUUCAACAUUGGCCACAGGGAACACCAAUAGCUUACGAGAUCACCUCAUCUAUAGGUGCUGCAGGAGUAACGGCUAUAAAAGAAGCGAUUGCUGAGUACGAGAAGCACACCUGUCUUCGGUUUAGAACACGAACUUCAGAAAGAGCUUACCUUAGUUUUUAUCGGGGAAAUGGAUGCUCAUCUCCUGUUGGUUAUCGCGGUUUUAAGAACAGUAUUUCUCUUGCAUCAGGCUGUUGGAAGAAGGGUGUAGCCAUGCAUGAAAUUGCUCAUAGUUUAGGUAUUAUGCAUGAACAAAGCAGACCCGAUCGAGAUAAUUACGUCAAAAUCAACUGGCACAAUAUUCUACCAGAAAUGAAAGGAAAUUUUGCUAAAGAAGCACCCAAAAAUAUUGAUUCUCUGGGUACAGCAUACGAUCUUUGCAGCAUGAUGCAUUAUGGGAAGGAUGCAUUUGGUGCAGGUAGAAUAACUAUUCAAGUUUUAGACAAGUCAAAGGAGGACUGGAUCGGACAAAGAGAUGGAUUCAGUGAAAUAGAUAUACGACAAAUUAACAUGAUGUAUAAAUGCAAAAAUACACCAGUUUGUGACAACAAAGACAAAAAUUGCGUCAGUUGGGCAAGUCAAGGAUAUUGUACAGAUAAAAAAGAAAAACAAUGGAUGGCAGAUAAUUGUUGCAAAGCUUGCGAAGGUAAGAACAGCUCAUGCGGUUGCCGAAACGAAAAUCCUAGAUGCGACGCUUGGGAGAAGAUGGGAGAGUGUUGGCGUAACAAGCAGUACAUGCACAAAUAUUGUAAAAAAUCUUGCAAACUGUGUUGAGAUAAAAGAUAAAAUAAAGUUCUUUCGCGUGUGGUCGCGACCUUUCAA